AUGCGGGAAUUUGGAAAUUUUGGCCCUCUAAUUGGUGCUAUUGAUGAAGGAACAUCAAAUGUUAAAUUUCUGAUAUUUGCUGCGAAUACAUCUGAAGUAUUAACUUACCAUCAGCUUACUCUCAAAAGGUUUAGUCCUCAACAAGGUUGGGUAGAACAAGAUGCUUUAGAAAUCCUAAGUGCCGUGUUAGAAUGCAUAGAGGUUACCAUAGAUAAUUUGAGAAAAUUGGACAUUGACCCUGCCGAUUUAGUUGGCAUUGGUCUGACUAAUCAAAGAGAAACCACUAUAGUAUGGAAUUCUUUGACCGGAGAACCCUUAUAUAGUGCAAUAGUGUGGCUAGAUGUGAGAACUUCUAAAAUUGUUGAUGAUUUAAUUAAAAGUAAAUCAACACAAAGUAUUUAUGCUGUCACCCAAUCUAGCGGUCUUCCAUUGUCAACCUACUUUUCUUCAGUGAAAUUAAAAUGGCUCUUACAAAAUGUCACAGAAAUUAAAGAUGCAGUUGCAAAUGGCAACUGUAUGGCUGGAACUGUGGACUCAUGGUUAAUUUGGAAUUUGACUGGAGGAUGCCGUGGUGGUGUGCAUGUAACUGAUGUAACAAAUGCAUCACGUACACAACUAAUGUGCCUGAGAAAUUUACAAUGGGACAAAGGAUUGUUGAGAUUUUUCGACAUACCACCUGAAAUAUUACCAAAGAUUAAAAGUUCCUCUGAAGUAUAUGGUUACAUUUCAACGGGAUCUCUUCUAGGCACACCAAUUGCAGGGUGCCUAGGAGAUCAGCAGGCAGCAUUAGUUGGACAAAAUUGCAUGAAUUUUGGCCAGGUUAAAUGUACAUAUGGGACUGGAUGUUUUUUAUUGUAUAAUACAGGGCAAUCUAUUCUACACUCACAAAAUGGACUAUUAACAACAGUAGCUUAUAAAUUGGGCCCUGAUACACCUGCCAUAUAUGCAUUAGAAGGUUCUGUAGCAGUGGCUGGUGACACACUGCAAUGGCUACAAACAAGUAUGGGUAUAUUGAAUGAUGUAUCAGAUUCAGAAUAUUUAGCCUCACAGGUGGCAGAUAAUGAGGAAGGAAGUAUAUGUUUUGUACCAGCUUUCAAUGGGUUGUAUUCACCUCACUGGAGGAAAGAUGCUAGGGGUGUGAUGUGUGGAAUCAGUAGUACAACGCGCAAUGAACAUAUAAUCCGUGCAGCAUUGGAAGCAGUUUGUCAGCAAACACGAGCUGUAGCCGCGGCUAUGGCCAGUGAUUGUGCGCCAUUACGAAAGCUUUUAGCUGAUGGUGGCAUGUCACAAAACUCAGCAUUAAUGCAAAUGCAAGCUGACACACUGGGAAUUCCCGUGAUUCGACCAUUAAUGAUGGAGAGCACAGCUCUUGGGGCAGCCAUCGUGGCCGGCCGAGCCCUGCGUGUUUGGCCUCCCACCACACCGAGUCCACCGUCAGAUACUUUUUUGCCAGUAAUAUCUAGUGAAGAGCGAGAAAUACGCCGUAAGCGUUGGGAAGAAGCACUUAAAAGAUGCAUGGGAUGGACAAAUGAAGACAGGGAAAAAGAUGAUGAAAUUGAUCACACUUCUACAGUUAUUCCUCCUGGAUUAUUUUUUCUAGGAACAGCUCUACUGGUAAUUUUAGCAGACAAAUUAAAAAUUUAA